CAAUAAAAUUCCAUCCUCAUAAUCAUCAAACUUCAUGGCGCCUUCAUUAAAGGAACUAAACUCUGUAUCACAUCUAGUUCUGUUCCACCUUGCUCCUCUGUUCCUACUUUCUGGUCAAGUACUUGCUUUUGCUGGGGCUGAGCAUACAAUGGCAGCAAGGAAUAUGGAAGCAGAAGCUCUUCUAACAUGGAAGGCCAGUCUUGACAACAACAGCCAAACUGUCCUGUCUUCGUGGACUGGAGGCAGCCCUUGCAAUUGGUUUGGAAUACAUUGUAAUGAGGCUGGUAGUGUCACCAAGAUAUCUCUGACGGACAUUGGAUUGAAAGGUACGCUUCAGAGUCUCAACUUUUUGUCCAUUCCCAAUCUCCUUGAGCUUCACCUUCUUAACAACUCAUUAUAUGGAACCAUUCCUUCACAUAUAGCUAAUCUUUCCAAGCUCACUUAUUUUCGAGCGGAUUUCAAUGAUAUAUAUGGAAGUAUACCAGUUGAAAUAUGCUCAUUAACAAGUCUUGGUGCUCUUUCCAUGGCACACAACCAUAUUAAUGGCCCCAUUCCUCAAGAAAUUGGGAUGUUGAGAUCUCUUUAUUAUCUUGAUUUGUCACAUAACAACCUUAGAGGUACUAUUCCAGCGUUAACAGGAAACUUAAGCUAUUUGGUAGAGCUGCACAUAUCUGAGAGUGAACUUUCAGGUUCCAUUCCCAAAGAAAUUGGACUUCUCACCUCUCUCCGUGUACUAGACUUAGAUGUGAAUAAUCUCAGUGGUGCAAUCCCAACUUCUAUAGGAAAUUUGACAAACCUAGCUAAAAUCUUUCUUAAUUACAAUGAACUUUCUGGUACUCUGCCUGUAGAGAUGAAUAAUCUUACGGCAUUAAAAACACUCCAAAUGAGUUAUAAUCGGUUCUCUGGCCAUUUACCCCAAGACAUUUGCCUUGGUGGAUUACUUGAAAAUAUCUCUGUUGUUGCCAAUUAUUUCACGGGUCCUAUCCCACAAAGCUUAAGAAACUGCAGUAGCUUAAAAAGAGUCAGGCUUGACCAAAACCAGCUUACAGGGAAUCUAGCUGAUGAUCUUGGGAUAUACCCAAAGUUGAAAUAUUUAGAUUUGAGUGACAACAAAUUCUAUGGACAACUUCCAUCGAAAUGGGAGGGUUUCCUAGGUUUGUCAACAUUGCGAAUCUCAAGUAAUAAUAUUUCUGGCAAAAUUCCAUCAAACAUGGGAAGUGCAAGUCAGCUGCAAUCACUCGACCUCUCUUCAAAUCAUCACCUUGUUGGAGGAAUUCCCAAAGAAUUAGGGAAGUUAAAGUUGCUCGACCUUGUUCUUAAUGAUAACAAACUUUCAGGUGGUAUUCCACAUGAGAUAUUGGUACAUGACCUUGAAAAGCUCAACUUGGCAUCAAACAAUUUAACCGGAUCGAUUCCUGAACAACUUGGGGAAUGCCUAUCUCUAUUGACCUUGAAUCUUAGCAAUAAUAAUUUUAAAGAUACUAUUCCUGCAAAGAUUGGCAAUUUACAUUUUCUAGUAAACCUUGAUCUCAGCAAUAACUUGUUGAUGGAUAGCAUUCCAUCUCGGCUCGGAGAACUACAAAUGCUUGACACAUUAAACCUCUCCCACAACAAGCUAUCGGGUACCAUCCCAGCCUCUUUCAAUAAUUUGUUGAGCUUGAUAACAGUAAACAUAUCCUACAAUGAGUUGGAAGGUCCGAUUCCUAAUAUCAAAGCCUUUCUGGAUGCUCCCUUUGAUGCACUUAGAAACAACAAGGACUUAUGCGGCAAUGCAACUGGAUUGAAGGCUUGUGUCUCUCUAAAAACCAAUGGAGCUGCUCCGAAAAUGGGCAACCAAAUCCUUAAACUGAUUGUUGUUCCCGUCUUAGGUGGCCUUAUUCUAGUUUUUGUCCUACUUGGAGGUUUUUUCGUUUGUCGCCGUAGAAAUAAAAGCAGAAAAUCCAAGUCAGAGGAUGAACAUCGUAUAGACCUUUUUAAAUCAUGGGGCCAAGAUGGCAGAAUGCUAUAUGAAGACAUUAUUCAGGCUACUGAGGAUUUCAACUCCAAUUAUUGCAUUGGAGAAGGGGGAUAUGGGAUUGUUUAUAAAGUUGUGCUGCCAAAAGGUCAGGUUAUUGCUGUAAAGAAACUCCACCGAUCACAAGAUGGUAUGACACCUGAUUUGAAGGCAUUUAGAAGUGAAAUUUCUGCUCUAUCUAAUGUCAAACAUCGAAAUAUUGUGAAGUUAUAUGGUUUUUGUUCACAUCCAAAGAACUCAUUUCUGGUUUAUGAGUUCGUAGAAAGAGGAAGUUUGAAGAUGAUAUUGAGCAAGGAUGAACCUGCAAUGGAGUUGGAUUGGAAAAAGAGGCUGAAUAUAGUAAAAGGAAUAGCUAAUGCAUUGUGUUAUAUGCAUCAUGAUUGUUGUCCACCGCUCAUUCAUCGUGACAUUUCAAGCAACAAUGUCCUUUUGGAUUUAGCGUAUGAAGCUCAUGUUUCUGAUUUUGGCACUGCUAGGCUCCUGAUGCCCGACUCCUCCAACUGGACGUCAUUGGCAGGCACCUUUGGCUACAUAGCUCCAGAGUUAGCUUAUACAAUGAAAGUGGAUAAAACAUGCGACGUAUAUAGCUUUGGAGUGGUGACACUUGAAAUAAUAAUGGGAGAGCAUCCAAAAAGUAUCAUCUCAUCACUUUAUUCAUCAAUCGAUAGAUCCACCCCAUUGGUUGAUAUAAUAGACCAACGGCUCCUUCCUCCUGUACAUGAAGUUGCUAAAGGAGUGGUCUAUAUUACAAGGCUUGCAUUAGCAUGCCUGAGUGAUGAUCCUCAAACUCGACCGACCAUGCAGCAAAUUUCAAUGAAGUUAAUAGCUAGGUGGCCUCAUUUGACAAAGCCAUUUUCCAUGGUAGAAUUGGGGGAGUUGUUGGGUCAUGAUAGUGUAAAUUAA